UCCUGCUUGCACUUUUUUGCCUUUGACUUUCGUCUUUGAGACCUGACGUAUUACCCGAUCGGAUUCUGCCAUCCUUUUGGGUUUCUCCCUUGUUUCGUUCUCCCCUUCCCGAUCUCCUUAUAGUACGAAGGAGCCCAGCAUGUCGCUGUUUUGGUCUUCUUUUGAUUUAGAUCAUUGGGGCUGAACUUUUUCUUUCUUUCUUGAGAGAAUUCAAUUGAAUAAGACUCUUUAUUUAUCUAUUCUUGUUACCUCACCCUACCAUCUAGGAACGUUCGCUUGGCCAAACCGGUUGUCCUACAUCUUCUGGACCGGUGCACCAGUCUCGUGCUCGCUGAAACCUCAGCUAUUCCCUCGUCUCCCCUCAGCCCCAUGUCUCGCUCUCGUCUUCCUCCGACCCCCGCCAUGUCGGGGGAACUCAUCAUCAAGGAGCAGACAUCCUUGGACGGAACAGACCUGUUCGCUCUGCCUCCCGCCGCCGUCAGUCCAUCCAACCAGGACCACCCCAGCCGGAGGUCCUCAAGGUCAGACCCCUCGGUUUACUACCCGGUCUCGCCCACCUCCCCGGACGCCUCUCAGAGUCGUGCAAACCAACCCCGUCAGACCGGCGUCAAGAGACCGCUGGAAGACUUUGGCCUACCGCCACCUCCCACCCGCACCCGCAAGAUCAUUCAGAUGAAGCCCAAGGCGCACACCCAACCCAAGCCUCCCCCGCCGGCGAACAAGUCCCGGGAGAAUGCUAAGGCCCCUAUUAAUAGCCCGACCGCGGCGGCAUCCAAAAAGAAACAACCCAGUGCGACGAGCGCGGCCGGUCGGAAAAUUGCCCGGAAGACCGCCCACAGUUUGAUCGAGCGACGGCGAAGGUCCAAAAUGAACGAGGAGUUUUCGACGCUGAAGGAUAUGAUUCCAGCCUGUCAAGGCCAGGAGAUGCAUAAGCUGGCUAUCCUGCAGGCAAGCAUUGACUACGUCAACUACCUGGAGCAGUGCGUCCAGGAUCUGAAGACGACCGACCAGCCGGCCACGGCGCCCCUGCGAAUGCCACCGGGCCCUCCCUCUCCCACGUCACCUGAAAUCCUGGGGGAUGAGGCCGAGGACCCCUCAGCUUCGGUAUCCCCGGACCUUCCCCCAUACCAGGUUCCGAAGGGCCAGACAUCCCUGGCAGGCUCUCCCUGGAGUGGUGUACCGUCGACCGUAGCAGCAGUCGAGCCUCUACCGUCUAUCCUCCCUAGCCCAGCCCUAGGUCCCAUGUAUCUUGCCGACCAUGGUAUCCCUUCGUCGCAUGCAUCGUGGACUGCAUCGUCCGCAAACACAUCACCAGCGCUCUGCCCGCAGUAUAUGAAUCCGUCCGCCAAUCUCGACCACGAGGCAUCAGCUGCGUUGCUGAUGUUGAACCGGGAAUGUCGCCGGUCGGUGGGGUCAGUGGGGUCAGUGGGCUCUGUCGAGGGGCAUCCCACUCCACCGGAAGGCCCCCGAGCUGCGAUGCCAGAUCCCCACAAGAAGACGGGAAUGAGCGUUCGAGAACUGUUGAUUUCUUAGUAUCGGGUAUGAUACGCAAGAUUGUAAGAAAUAGGUCGUUUGGCGUUUUUUCAAACUAGCGGGUAUGGUUGAUUUGAUUUGUCUAUGAUCUCUCUGUGGAUAUAAAGAUCAGUGGUGUAUAGGAAUUGGCUAUGCAACUUACAAACUUUGAUAUUUUCACCUAGGGAACUAUUUGUAAUUGCUAGUCAGAUGACCAGUCCCUACCCCAUACCUAAUCCACAACCUAGGGUGCAAACUAGCACAAGGCUGCACAAGAUACGCACGCCCACCCCGAGUCCACGCAACCUCAACCCCAAGACCCAAUCAGGAUAUGCAUGGGAUAAUGCACCUCGAAGGCAUUAGAAAGGUAGACGGCCGGGCGGAGGAUACGAACCCCAUCUAGUACCUACCUACGGACUACCAACCAGUCAAAUCAACCACCCAUCCAGGGCCUGCGGCCAGAGUGGGCAAUGGACCGGCGGAGAUAACUGCACCGGGUGGCUGCUGACCCCGCACGGAGCCCUUCCAAGCAUUCCUUGACUUUUUCCAGAUGGUUCCAGCUGCGUUUGGUUGGGUUGAUCUCCGCGGACUUGCAUGCUUGUUAUGCAGUGCUGCGGGGUGGGGGGAGGGGCGUGAGUGAGUGAGUUGCUGUUAGUGACAGAAUGGGU